CUUCAUGAUUAAUCCUAAAAUAGUUAUUUGUGAUGUUACAGAAAGGCUUAUGGAUCUCGAAAUCGAACAUCAAUGGAUAGAUGGUGGUAAUAUCUGUGAAUGCUGCACAAUGACCACGAAAACAAUUAAGGCAUUUCAAAGAACUAAAACUUUCACCACAAGCGAAGUUGAAGAAACUCAACUGAAACGAUGCUUAUCUACGUUGGAUCUCAAUUAUCUGGGAUCCCGUAUUUGCUAUGUUCACACUUACCAGUAAAUUACUGAGACGGUCGCACAUGAUAAAACACUACGAUUUUUCCCACUCUUACGACUAGUGUGAACCAGGCUUUAAAGUUCAACAACUUUGUAACUAGUAAUCCGCCACUGUAGGUAACCUUACCAAUUCGUCGUAUUUUGACGUCCAAUUUUCCAUUGAAUAUUUUGAAACAGGAACAUCAAUGGAUAGAUGGUGGUAAUAUCUGUGAAUGCUGCACAAUGACCACGAAAAUAAUUAAGGCAUUUCAAAGAACUAAAACUUUCACCACAAGCGAAGUUGAAGAAACUCAACUAAAACGAUGCUUAUCUACGUUGGAUCUCACAGCUCUUGGGAUUGGUUGUACAUUAGGAGCAGGAGUUUAUGUUCUUGUGGGGGAAAUAGCAAGGAAUCAGGCUGGUCCUGCCAUAGUUGUCUCGUUUGCCAUUGCAGCUGUUGCAUCUCUCCUUUCAGGUCUCUGUUAUGCAGAGUUUGGAGCUCAAGUACCAAAGUCAGGCUCUGCCUACAUUUACAGUUACGUCACUGUUGGUGAACUUAUCGCUUUUGUGAUUGGCUGGAACAUGCUUCUUGAAUACAUCAUGGGUGCUGCGGCGGUAGCUAAAGCGUGGAGCGAUUUUUUUAAUUCAUUAUGUCACAACUGUGUGAAGAAUUUGCUCAUUGAGCAUAUUGGAGCAUUCAAAGUUCAUUGGUUGUCCGAGUAUCCUGAUUUUUUGGCGUUUGCUGUGAUAGCAGUUUCAGUGAUCAUCAUAACAUGUGGUGUUUCUGAAUCGACUACCUUCAACUUGGUGUUAACGAUCCUAAAUCUAGCUGUCAUCGCUUUCGUUACGUUUGUUGGACUGACCUUUGCAGACACGGGGAACUGGAGUGAUUUUGCACCAUGGGGAUUCCAUGGCAUUAUGUCUGGUGCUUCCACUUGUUUUUUUGCAUUUGUUGGCUUCGACGUGAUCGCCACGUCCGGAGAAGAAGCGAAAAAUCCUCAUAAGGCUAUUCCAAGAGCUACCGUGGCUGCACUGUUCGUUAUAUUUUUGGCGUAUGAGAGUGUCUCGGUGACGCUUACUUUAAUGUUACCCUACCAUAGCUUGCCUGAGACUUCAGCUUUAGCAACGACCUUUGAAAUACGGGGUUUUUCAACAGGAAAAUAUGUCGUUGCUGUUGGUGCGAUCUGUGGCCUCAGUGCGAGUGUACUAGAUGGCCUAUUUCCCAUUCCUCGGAUUAUGUACUCUAUGGCAAGCGACCGACUCAUUUUUAGUUGUUUUGCAAAAGUUAACGACCGCACAGGUACCCCUCUCAUAGCGUGUCUUAGUAGCGGGCUGUUGACGGCCUUGCUUGCAAUGUUUUUCGAUUUGGCUUCACUAACCGAGAUGCUUUCUGUUGGAACUCUGUUGUCGUACACCAUAGUGGCCAUCAGUGUGAUUCUAUUACGGUAUAGGCCUGGUAACAUCAUUAAAGAAGUGACCGCUGACCCUGGAGAAAUGUUGAUUGAUGAUGACAUUGAAACUUUGGGAGGUGGAGAAGUUCCAGAGAAAGAAAUAUCAUCGUCAAAAAACUUUAAUGAAACACUUCCUAUACUGACGAGACUUGGGCAGUGCAUUAUUGGAAGACGUCUUGAUGAGCCAAAUGAAGAUAGUUAUCUUGUUGUUAAAGUUUCUUUAAUUAUCUUUCUCUUGAGCGUGAUAGGACUAGAAUCAUGCCUUAUAUGGGGCAUGGACUACUUACGAUCCAAGAAUCCCUACGUGAUCAUUAUUUUUGUUUUAUUUGUAACGUGGAUGUUAUUGACUGUUGACGUCAUCUCCCGUCAACCGGAGAGAAAGGCAAGCCUUUAUUUCAAGGUUCCAUUUUUACCACAUCUACCCCUGGCAGCGGUUUUCAUCAACGUCUUUUUACUUUUGGAAUUGAGAAGUCUUACUUGGAUACGGUUUGCUGUUUGGAUGACGAUCGGUAUGGUGAUCUAUUUAUCUUAUGGUAUCAGAUACAGCAAACAAAAUGAAGAAAAUUGGAUGACCAACGAACCAAAUUAUGCACAAGUGGAAAACACAACCGAAGAAUAAUAAAUAUUUUUUUCAUUAUAAUCGAGCAAUGCUCCUCUCUCUUCCUUCUUCACGUCGUAAAAUUGUCGGAUUACAGGUGGGAACAUUCUAUAUUGCGUGAACUUGGCAUUGUUUGAAGGAAGAGAUAUGAUUUGAUUUUGGUAUUAUGUCAAUUGUUGAAAUGAACAAAGUUUGCUGAUUGACAAGUCUCGUGAAAUAGACGUCCUGCAGAAAAUCAUGCGGUACUUUCAAUAUGCUCGUUACUAUACACAUAUGUGUCCUCUUGUGAUCAUCGUGUGACGAGGAUGAACCUUAAAAUUAGUCAGUGAUGAUGUCACCUGUCACUGUUCAUCGUUUUCUUUACCGAAGUUUCGAGAAUUUGUGAACAAAUUGCUUAGUAUUGUUAAUGAUUUUGUGUUAAUGAUAAAUGUUGAUACCAAUUAAACAUCUUUAAAAAUCA